CCCUCUUCCCCCGUUCGCCGCCACCGCUUCCGCUGCUCGCGCCGCCCUCAACUUGUCAGCGUGAAGGCCAGCAAGCGAUGGGGGCAUCCCAGACUCCCAUAACGACGACGGCAUCGACGUGCGCGCCGGAAACGGCGCGAGGCAAGCACACGUUCAAGAUCGCCGGGUACAGCCUGUACAAGGGCCUCGGCCCCGGCAAGUUCAUCCGGUCGUCCACCUUCUUCGUCGGCGGUCGCGGCUGGAGCAUCCGCUACUAUCCCGACGGGCACGCCGGCGAGGAGAACAGUCCCUUCGUCUCCGUAUACCUCGAGCUCAUGGAGAAGAAGAGCGCUGCCGAGGUGCGGGCGAUCUACGACCUGAGGCUGGUGGACCAGCUGACCGGGACCUCCAAGGUCCUGUUCAACCUGGUGGUGCCGAGGGCGUUCAGCGGCGAGAGCCCGGCCUGGGGCGCCCGAUGGUUUAUGAGGAGGACCGAGCUGGAGGCGUCGACCUUCCUGCGGGAGGAUAAACUCGUGAUCGAGUGCCAAAUCACUGUCAUCGUGACGCCGCCGGUGGCGGAACCCGAGACAACGGGUAAGAUCCUAGUGCCGCCCUCGGGCUUGUCGGUUGAUCUCGGAAAACUGCUGGAGGCGGAGGAGGGUGCGGACGUUGCGUUCAGGGUUGAAGAGGAGAUCUUCCGUGCACACAUGAUUGUGCUCGCGAUGCGGUCACCGGUCUUCAAGGCGCAGCUCUACGGACCAUUGAGAGACAAGGGAAGACGGAUUAUAACAAUUGAAGAUAUGCAGCCUGCUGUUUUCAAGUCAUUGCUUCACUUUAUCUACACCGAUUCCUUACCCUCCAUGGAUGAUCUUGAUACAGAUGAGAAUAAAGAAAUCGUUAAACAUUUACUUGUAGCUGCGGACAGGUAUGCCAUGGAUAGGAUGAAGUUAAUAUGUGAGAGCAUCCUUUGCAAGAGACUUGGUGUUGAAAGUGUGGCGACCACUUUAGCUCUAGCUGACCGACAUCAUUGCAGCCAGCUCAAAGAUAUCUGCAUUCAGUUUAUCAUCUCUUCCAAUAGCAUGGAUGAAAUGAUGGCAAGCCAAGGGUAUGUGGACCUCAAAACAACAUGUCCUGCAGUCACUGUGGAAAUAUGGGAGAAAGCAUCCAAGUCACGACGUGAUGCCAGAUGGCGACGGUUAAGGCGCAAGGGUGCCACGCCCGCGACCCAGGUUCCAUCCCCGACGUGAGCAAGGGACUUUGUCCCGCUUCAAACAAAAAAGCAUGCAUCCAAGUCACGCAAGAUUCAGUAUGCUCAGCGCAUCCUAGAUGGGUUAAAUUAACUUCUGAAUUGCUAGUUUAAUUGAUACAUAGA